GACAAAAAGUAGUUCUUCUCCCCUCCUCCUCCUCUCUUUUUUCUUGCUAAUCCCGCCUCCUCCUCAGAGUUAGGGAGACUCGUUGAUGCGUUUGGGUUGCAGCAAGGCUUUUUCUUUUCUUUUUUUUUUUUUAAUAUCCAGAAAAGGAAAAACAAGAACCUUCGGAUUUGAUUUUUGGCUCGUCGUUCUUGUUCUUGGUUCUUACUGUGUUGGUGUGUUUUAACGGCGAGAAGACGAAGGGAACAAAACCCGCCGAAGCCCUCCAUCACUGUGGGUGGUUUUAAUUUUUCGUUUUUGUCUGAAUUAAAAACAAACAAACAACCACCACUCUUCACAAUGAACAAACUGUAUAUCGGAAACCUCAGCGAGAAUGCCGUCCCUGCGGAGCUGGAAAGUAUCUUCAAGGACGCCAAGAUCCCGGUGUCGGGACCCUUCCUAGUGAAGACUGGCUACGCGUUCGUGGACUGUCCGGACGAGAGCUGGGCCCUUAAGGCCAUCGAGGCGCUUUCAGGUAAAGCGGAACUGCACGGGAAAUUUAUGGAAGUUGAGCACUCUGUUCCAAAAAGACAAAGGAUCCGGAAACUUCAGAUAAGGAAUAUUCCACCUCACUUACAGUGGGAG